AUGGCUACCGCAAUGGACCAUCUCUCGACCGGCUCGACGAAGAUCGAGUGGCUCUCGUCCCUGAAUACAGAGUUCAAGCCGACAAAAAACUACCGACGUACCUCGAUCAUCUGUACAAUCGGACCCAAAACGAACUCUGUCGAAGCCAUCAACAAGCUCCGCACUGCUGGUCUCAAUGUCGUUCGCAUGAACUUCUCCCAUGGCUCAUACGAAUACCACCAAUUCGUGAUCGACCAUGCCCGCGAGGCUGAGAAGGUCCAGAAGGGCCGUCAGAUCGCCAUUGCCUUGGACACCAAGGGCCCUGAGAUCAGAACCGGCAACACUGCCAAUGACGAGGACAUCCCCAUCUCUGCGGGAACAGAGCUCAACAUUACCACUGAUGACAAGUAUGCGACAUGCUGCGACGAUAAGAACAUGUAUGUCGACUACAAGAACAUCACCAAAGUCAUUGAGGCUGGCCGUAUUAUCUAUGUCGACGACGGUGUUCUUGCGUUUGAUGUCCUCGAAGUUGUCAACUCCAACACCAUCCGUGUGCGUGCCCGUAACAAUGGCAUGAUCUCUUCUAAGAAGGGUGUCAACCUCCCAAACACCGAUGUCGACCUCCCUGCACUUUCCGAGAAGGACCAGGCCGAUCUUCGGUUUGGUGUCAAGAACAAUGUUGACAUGGUCUUUGCCUCGUUUAUUCGCCGCGGCGAGGAUAUCACGGCUAUUCGCAAGGUCCUUGGCGAGGAUGGAAAGCACAUCCAGAUCAUUGCCAAAAUUGAGAACAGACAGGGUCUAAACAACUUUGCGGAGAUCUUGAAGGAGACCGACGGUGUUAUGGUUGCACGUGGCGACUUGGGUAUCGAGAUUCCCGCAGCCGAAGUGUUUGCCGCACAGAAGAAACUGAUUGCCAUGUGCAACAUCGCCGGAAAGCCCGUUAUCUGUGCCACCCAGAUGCUCGAGUCCAUGAUCAAAAACCCUCGCCCAACCCGAGCUGAGAUCAGUGAUGUUGGCAACGCUGUCACCGAUGGGGCCGAUUGUGUCAUGUUGUCCGGUGAGACAGCCAAGGGCAGCUAUCCCACAGAAUCCGUCAGAGAGAUGCACGAGACUUGCCUGAAGGCCGAGAACACCAUCGCAUAUGUUUCCCACUUCGAGGAGCUUUGCAAUCUUGUCAAGCGUCCUGUCAGCAUCGUCGAGUCGUGUGCCAUGGCAGCAGUUCGAGCCAGCCUGGACAUGAAUGCAGGCGCCAUUAUCGUUCUAUCCACCAGUGGAGACAGCGCGCGCCUUCUGUCUAAGUAUAGACCCGUCUGUCCCAUCUUCAUGGUCACCAGAAACCCAAGCGCUUCUCGGUACGGCCAUCUGUACCGUGGAGUCUACCCGUUCUACUUUCCGGAGCAGAAGCCCGAUUUUACGAAGGUCAACUGGCAAGAGGAUGUCGACAGGAGAAUCAGGUGGGGUAUCUCUGAGGCCAUGAAGCUCAAGGUUCUUUCCCAGGGCGAGACUGUGGUUGUUGUCCAGGGAUGGAAGGGUGGCAUGGGCAACACCAACACUCUCCGUGUCAUCAAGGCAGAGCCAGAGAAUCUCGGCCUUGUGGCGUAA